CGAAAACCCAAUUGACAAGAACUCCCUCCGAAGUCCGGCGAUCCGAUCUGCGUUCCGUCAGCUUUCGCCGCCCGGACCCCGAUCCCGAGCGCUCAGCCUGGAGCGCCAACCUCGGGGGCACCUUGCACUCACCGGCCGCACCCCAGGAGCCUUGCUGCCUGCGCUUUCUCAGUGCUUCUUUCCGCGUUCGACUCGGCUGAGCUGGGCCCAGCCUCAGCGCCCGCUCCGGCCGGUGGGCGCGGGGGAAUCCGAGACGGAUCCGGCGGCCCGGCAACUCGCUCCUGCCGGAGCGGGUAGCCUCCAUGGCCUCCAGGCAGGCCAGGCGGGACCGCGCAAGGUCCUAGGACCCGGGAAUCCGGAAAGCAGGGAGCAUGGUGGGGGUCCUGGCCAUGGCGGCUGCAGCUGCUCCCCCUCCGGUGAAGGACUACGAGAUUGAGCCAUGCAAAAAGCGAAGGAAAGAUGAUGACAGAUCUUCCUGUAAAACAAUUACAAAAUAUUUAUCACCAAUAAGGAAGAUUGGAGACAGGGUUUUCUCUCCACCAAAAUCCAGUAAUAUUAUGGAUUAUUUUAGAAAGACUUCACUUACAAAUGAGAAGACACAAUCAGCAAAGGAGAGCAAAAUAAAGUCAUCUGCACCACUGCCCAUUGACAAUAGCCAAGCCUGUAAGACACCUUUGGAAAUGUUCUCAAACAUAGAGCUUAAGAAGAAAAGAAGGAGGAGUAAUUUAUCUCAUCAUCUAAAUAAUAUUAAAACUGAAAAUGAAUCUCCAAUUGAAAUUAAUAGUGAUGAUAGCAAAGAAGACUCUAGUUUAAAUAACAAUUUUGAGGAAAGUAGUAAUUCUGUUUUACUUUACAAGAAACGUGUAGAGGUACUUGAAGAAAGCAUUCAGGAUAUCAAAAAUCAUUCAAGCACUAUGGCCUCGCAAAAAAAUUCUAAGAUAGUAAAUCCUAAACAAAGGGCCACAAAAGAUGAUUGCAAAAAGUUGAGAAAAAGGAAGCGCAGAGAUGUCAUAGAUCUAUCUCAAAGUUUACCCUUGGCAGAGGAACUAAAUCUGCUUAAAAAAGAUGGUAAAGAUAGUAAACAGAAAAUGCCUUCCCUAACUAAUGAAAUCAAGAGUACUACAAAUGAUGCAAACUCUAGAGAUAAUGUAACUGAAACAGCCCAGUUAGAUGAUAGUACAAUAACUGUCUCAUAUGAAGAAUUUUUAAAAAGUCACCAGGAAAAUAAAGUGGAACAGACGCCAGACUCUACAAUGUCAGUUUGUGUUCUGUCUGAAAAUGUUGAAGAGAUAGUCAAAAGUGGUUUUAUAAGUGAUAUAGACAACUGUGAAAUUUCUCAACAGGUACUCCUUAAGACAGUGACUGUUCUUGCACAAGUUCACCCUAUUCCCCCCAAAACGACAGGAAAAAUACCGCCAAUUUUCUUGAAACGAAAGCGAUUUGAAAUGGAAAAUAGUCUGUCUGAUCCUGAGAAUGAACAGGGCAUUCAGAAAAGAAAAUCUAACGUUGUUAUACAAGAAGAAGAAUUAGAAUUGGCAGUGUUGGAAGCUGGAGGUUCUGAAACUGUGAAACCAAAAUGUACUCUAGAAGAAAGACAGCAGUUUAUGAAAGCAUUUAGGCAGCCAGCGUCAGAUGCACUUAAAAAUGGAGUCAAAAAGUCUUCUGAUAAGCAGAAAGACAUCAAUGAAAAAUCUUUAAAUGAGGAAAGAAGAGAUAAUAGUUCUAAAAAAAUAAUGGGAGAUCCUAAUAUGCAAAUGGUUUCAAAUAAUGGCAAUUCACAGUCACACACUGAUAAAGGAAGUUUUCCUAAGGAGAAAACUAAAAAGCUAAAGAAAAAGAGUAAGAAAACAUUAGAUACUGGGGCUACUCCAGGUGAAAACAGAGAGAGAAAUACUAAAAAGAAGGAAACAAACUUUUCCUUAAAAGAUAAACAAGAUAGGCUUGGAAUGAGGUUAAGACAAAAAACAGAAGUUUUCAAAAGCAGUACAUUACUUAACAGUGAAAGUCUUGUUUGUGAAGAUGGAGCAAAUAAUGAUCUUCUGAAGAUUUCCUCUCAACGUAACAACAAUAAAUCCUCAAGAAACGCCAGCAUACCAAUUAAAGAUAAGGUUAUAAACUCUAAAGCUGAACCUGAAGAUGGUUUGGUAAAUGUUUCCACACCCAAAUCAACCAGAAGAUAUUUAAGAAGCAGCAGCACGCCUACUAAGGUAACCAUUAAAGGUACUGAUUCAGAAGACGCACAAGAUAACAGUCCAGUAAAGGCUUCCACUCCAAAAGCAGCCAACUUAUCAGAAAAGCAUAGCUUAUAUACAGCGGAAUUACUAAUAGUAUCCUCCGAUUCAGAGAGCCCCAUUAGAAUGAAAUUCACCAGAAUUAGUACUCCCAAAAAAUCUAAGAAAAAAUCUAAGAAAAAAUCUAAGAAAAGAUCUAAGAAAUCUGAAGCAACUGAUGGAGAUUUUACAUCUCAGUCUAGAAAGGUGAGCAGUGCAUCAAAAAAUAUAUCAAAAGCAAAACAAUUGAUUGAAAAAGCAAAAGCUUUACACAUCAGUAAGUCAAAGGCGACUGAAGUAGUAGUGACACCUUUAAGGCGGUCCUCUAGGCAUCAGAUACUUCCUGAAAGGAAGAAAUUGUCAGAAACAGAAGUAAGAAAAAUGAAAGUCGCUCCUUUAUUUCUUACCAGAAAGGCUCAAAAAACAGCUGAUCCUCUCCUUGGUUUUGAUGAAAGCAGUCAAGAUACAUCUGAAAAACCUCAGGAUUGUGAUGGGCAGUUUAAAGCAAAGCGUGACUUCCUAAUGAGUGGUUUGCCAGAUUUGUUGAAACGAAAAAUUGCAAAGAAAGCUGCUGCAUUGGAUGUGUACAAUGCAGUAAGUACCAGUUUCCAGAGAGUUGUUCAUGUACAACAAAAGAAUGAUGGGUGCCAUUUGUGGCAUUUGAAACCACCCUCUUGUCCUCUCUUAACGAAAUUUAAAGAACUGAAUACUAAAAUAAUAGAUCUGUCAAAAUGUGUUAUUGCUCUUGGUGAAUUUUCAACAUUGAAUUCAAGUUCAAAAUGUAAUAAUUCUGCUAUUGUGUUUAUGAGGACAAGGAAGGACUUUUCUGAAGAAGUAAGAAAUCUUUUGCUGGAGGAAAUUGGGUGGUCAAAUCCUGAAUUUUCCUUGAGAAAAUAUUUUCCCUUGCUUCUAAAAAAAAAAACUGAGCGCCAGAAACUUUCUGAGUGUCAUGAUAAACAAGAAGGUCCACAACUGGAGCCUGAUGUCAAUAAAAAAGAAACCAAAAGGAAACGAGUGGAAACAGAAAAUCGUAAGUCAAAAAGAAAGAAACCAAAUGAAUAUUCAGAAAGUCCAAAAAAGAUAAAUGGGAAGCCAGAAGAAAUUGACAAAAGAAACAGUUCUUCUGGGAUAAAGCUAGAUUCUUCCAAAGAUUCUGGAACUGAAGACAUGCUUUGGACAGAAAAGUAUCAACCUCAGAAUGCCAGUGAGCUCGUAGGCAAUGAGUUAGCUAUAAAAAAGUUACAUAGUUGGUUGAAAGACUGGAAAAGAAGAGCAGAAUUGGAAGAAAGACAAAAUAUGAAGGGAAAAAGAGAUGAGAAACAGGAAGAUUUGUCAGAUAGCACAGACUUUAAAGGCAGUUCAGAUGAUGAAGAAGAGAGUCGUCUUUGCAAUACUGUUCUUAUAACAGGACCAACAGGAGUGGGAAAAACUGCUGCAGUGUAUGCUUGUGCUCAGGAGCUUGGAUUUAAGAUAUUUGAAGUGAAUGCCUCUUCCCAGCGCAGUGGUAGACAAAUUCUAUCUCAGCUGAAGGAAGCGACUCAGUCCCAUCAAGUAGACAAACAAGGUGUAAACUCACAAAAACCCUGUUUUUUUAAUAGCUACAACAUAGGCAAGUCACCAAAAAAAUUAAACUCCCCUAAGAAGAUUGUUACAUCACCAAGGAAACUUCCUCCACCAUCACCAAAAAGUAGUGGACCAAAGCGAGCACUUCCCCCAAAAACUUUGGCAAAUUAUUUUAAGAUAUCUUCCAACCCAAAAAAUAAAGAAGAAACAGGACCACUUCUGGAAAAUAAUAAAGGAAUCAAAAAUUCUUUUGAACAGAAACAAAUUACUCAGACUAAGUCCUCAAAUGCAACUAAUUCAAAUGUCAAAGAAUUUGGAGUUGAGGAAUCCAACAGAAAAAAUGCAACAUCUCUCAUUCUUUUCGAGGAGGUUGAUGUCAUUUUUGAUGAAGAUGCUGGGUUUUUGAAUGCAAUCAAAACAUUCAUGGCAACAACUAAACGACCUGUAAUCCUUACUACAAGUGAUCCAACAUUUAGUCUAAUAUUUGAUGGCUGCUUUGAAGAAAUCAAUUUCAAUACUCCUUCCCUGCUAAAUGUUGCCAGCUACCUACAAAUGAUCUGCUUAACUGAGAAUUUUAGAACUGACGUAAAAGAUUUCGUAACCUUGUUAACUGCAAAUACUUGCGAUAUCAGAAAAAGUAUACUUUACUUACAGUUCUGGAUUAGAAGUGGAGGUGGAUUUUUAGAAGAAAGGCCAUUAUCUCUUUGUCGAAGAAAUAGCAGAAACGCUCAACUAGUUUGCUUUGAAGAUGGCCCUGAUUUCCAAAAUAAUCCUAAAAAUACUAAAAAGAAUCGUACAUACUUUCCCAAAUGUGACACUGGCUGUGCUGAGACCUUGUUUGGCCUUAAGAAUAUUUUUUCCCCAUCCGAAGACUUAUUUUCAUUUUUAAAGCACAAAAUCACAACAAAGGAAGAAUGGCAUAAACUCAUCCAGCUUCUCACAGAAUUCCAAUUGCAGAAUGUAGAUUUUUUAUAUACUAAUCUUGAGUUCAUUCUACCACUACCAACUGAUAUCAUUCCAGAAACAAAAAACUUUUGCAGCUCAUCAGUAACUGUGGAUACCAGCACAGCAACAAAAAGUAUGAAACGUCCGAUUAGGAAACAUUCUCAGGGAGAGCAGUCAUUGAAAAAGUCACACACAAAAAAACAUAAGAAAAAGAUGGUAAUGCUAGAUGAUAGUGACUUAUUUGACACUGAACUGGACUUUUCUGAUAAAUUUAUAAGCCUAUCCUCUGCAUCUUCUUCCUCAAAUUCAGAAGAUAGCAAGGCCAGAGACAAAGAAAGCAAGCCAAGAGACAAAGAAAGCAAUCCAGAGACAAAGAAACUGAACAGAUGUUUAGAGCCUAAUAUUGAUUCAAUUCCUUGUCUUCCUAAAACACCAGCAGAAAAGAAAUGUUCUGCCCUUGUUUCGCACUGUUUAAAUUCUCUCACCGAGUUCAUGGAUAACAUGUCUUUCUUAGAUGCCCUUUUAAGUGAUGUAAAGGAACAAAAGAAACUUGGUAAAAAUGACUUUAGUUGGACAAGUGCAAAGGUUAAAAGUGGACUUUGUGAUGAGUUUAGUCUCGAGAAUAGUGAUGGAUGGACUUCUCAAAGCUCUCGGGAAUUAAAGGCAGCCGCAGAAGCUCUCAGCUUUAGGAAAUGUUCUUCUACUAUUUCGAAAGCAUUGGAAACCUUGAAUUCUUGCAAGAAAUUAGGAAGAGAUCCAACCAACGAUCUUACUUUGUAUGUUUCACAAAAGCACAAUAAUGUAUAUUUUAGUCAGUCGGCAACUAAUUUAUACAAUGCUUGGAAGAGGAGAGCAGUCAUUAAAAGUGUAUUUUCUAGUCGAUCUCUUCUGAACCUGGGUAAUAGACAAGCUAGUAUAAUUGAAUAUUUGCCAACUCUUCGAAACAUUUGUAGGACUGAGAAACUAAAAGAACAAGGAAAAAGUAAAAGAAGGUUCCUCCACUAUUUUGAAGGAAUUCAUCUUGACAUUCCAAAAGAGACUGUGAAUACUUUGGCAGCUGACUUCCCUUAAUAUUCCACACUAACAAUGCCUUGUACAGAUCAUUUUGUGGUUCUUAAGAUACAUUUUUUGUAUUAUGUUUAUUUUCUUGGUAGAGUUUAUUUCUCUUAAUGUACAUUUAAAACAGACUAUUUGUAUAUUUUUUAUUGGUGUGCAAAUAUUUAAAAUGGAAAGAUUUGACUUACAACUUGUAUAUACGAUUGUGGUAGUAUUUUUUCUGAAUUUUUUGUAUUAUAUGAUUUAGCUUUGUUGGAGUAUUUUUUAUAUGUAAGUUAGCUGUUUCUAGAAGGUGGAGUUCACCAAGAUAUUUCUAAAGACGUUUCAAUGCUAAACUAACCUGUAAGUUUUCCCUUUCCUGUUAUUCUUAAUCCACCCCCUCUCCAACUAAGUAUCAGUGUUCUGUCAAGUUGUAAAUAUGAUUCACCUAGAUGGUAAUCUUUUAUAAAUAAGUUUACACAAUACAAAAUAUAAAAUCAUAUAUGUAAAACAUAAAACUCCCUAGGAAGAAAAUUGUUUCAUUUUUCAAAAAGUAAGAUCUUCCUGAUAGUUUAUUUCUAGUAUGAGUGUACUCCUCCAGCAUUAUACCACGGAAUCAUUGAGUGUUGACAAAGCAAAAUCAAGAGUAUGAAUUGUAGUUUUCAUCAAUCUUUUUUAGUACCCAUACAUAUAUGAUAUCUUGUAUAUUCUGCCCAUUCAAAUCAUUUGCCUUGUACAUUUUUCUUGUAUUUUUCUAUCACUGAUGUUUUACUUCAUAAAGAUAUUGAUGACAUUAAUAUAUCUAUUUUGGACAAAAUACUAUUCAUGAAAACUACAACAAAGACGGAUUCUACUAUAGGAUUUCUAUGUAAUAGCCAUUUGCACUUAAGGUUGUGUUUUUGGAAAAAAGUAUAUAUUUUUAAUAACAAGAUUUUAAAAUAUGUUUCACCCAAAAUCAUUUUGCAAUCAGAUAAUCAGAUGUGUUUUAAAAUAGCUACCUAUUUCAAGUGUUUAUACUAUACAUUAACUUAAUACUCAGAUACUUUAUGUAGUGAAUUAUUUUUUUAAAUCAAAAGGAUCCUAAUUUUGUACUGUUUUGAAAAGUAUACAUGCAUACCUGUUUACAAAUAUGUGUGAAGAUAUGUUCUUACCUCUUAUUUGUUCAAUUUGCCUUUUCUUGUAUUGAUUAGUAUUUUGUUCUAAUUAAAGGUUAAAGCUAAAGUCUUUAUGUAAUAUUUAAAUAGAAGUUCGAGAUGUAAUCCUCUUAGUGAAUAUGUACAUUGUGUAAGUUUGGAUAUAGACUAUAUCUUAAAGAUUUCAUCCUUGUACAGAAGAAUACCAUCUUCUGAAGCA